UUAAUUUCUUGAAAAGUUGAAACUAUCGAAAAAUUUAAUUUAGAAUGAAGUAAUUUAUCCUAAUGGAAAAUUGCAUGCAUAUGUAUGUAUGUAUGUAUUUAUAUGAAACAUCGAUGAAACCCAGUCAAAAUAAUAGGGGCAUAGGUACUUACACAAGAAAAUAAUGAAAUAUUUUAAUCAAAAUUUAAUGGAAUUACUUAAAAUCAUAUCACGUAGUAAACAAUAAUCAAGAAGAGCAAAAAUUGCUUAAGAUUAAAAUUACAAUGCAAUUUAUUGUAAAUAAUUUAAAUAUGACAAAGCUUUAUUAAUUAACUUAACAGUUAAGUUAAUAAAUUGCUUUCAUUUUUGAAAACUGUCCAAGUAUUUAUUUUCGUUUAAAAUCUCCUCUAAUUGGUAAUUAAAGCUUUUUAGCAAAUACGUAUGUAUGGAUACAUAGACUAUACAUAAUAUUGAGUUUCAAAUUUCACUAUUAAUAAAAUAACAACAACAUUACUAAAAACAAUAUUUAAUAUUCUUUUGAGUACAAAUUUUUAGUUGAAACAGGUUUACAGAUGUAAGAAAAACUAACACAAUACACUUAAAGCUCGAAUGUACAUUAGCUUAUUAGCUAUUACAAUACACCAAACACAUAUUAUGUACAAAGCUAUAUUUAAGUCUCGGAUAUAAACAAAAAUUUAACUGUAGUAUUCUACCUUGGAAUAAAUAUGAUAUAGAUUUUUUUUUAACUGAAAAGUUGAUACAUACAUACAUAAAAGUUUAUGUAUUUGAAAAGAGCUUUAUCGAGGUACCCGUCAAAAGCUAUUUAGAUAAAAUCCAGUAACAGAAAAAUUAGGAAAAAAUCUGAGUUUCAUAACAAAAAGAAAAACCAACAAAAGAUUUAGAUUUUCCAAUAAGUUCACCAAAAUCAAAUUAUGGUCGAUCGUGCUUAUUAUGUCUUAUUUCGAAUAGCUCUAUAUUUUAUUUACAGUAUCUAAAAUAUUCAAAUAAAACAAAGCUAAAAUUUUACAUUGCUUGUAUUAUAAAUUUGUCAAAUAAAUUAAUUUUAUUCUAAUAAUUCUUACAAAGUUUUACACACAAAUUUUUCUAAUAAAUUUUUAUUCGAUCAACUAGUCAUUUGGUAUUUUUCUUUCAGAUAUUUAGACAAGGCCCCUUUUUUUGUUCAAAUUAUUGAUCAAUGAUCAUCAUGAUAACAAAUCUUUUGCAAUUUUUUGACAAUCUUUCAGAAAUACAUAUACCUUUCUUCAAAAUUAUAACAAAUUUUCCUACUUCAAUUUUACAAUUUAUAACAGAAAAGCUUAAAUUUUCAUUAAGAGUUUAAAAUCAGUUCACGUGAAUCUGUUGAAAACUUUACUACGUUGUUAAUUCUUUUCCAAACUUUUAUUUUUAUAGUGUAUUGUUUUUAAUUUUUUUAAAUCAUUUUUGGUUUACACACUAUAGCACCAUAAAUACGUGGGUGAAAAAAUCGAGUUGUUAGCCUUGAUGAUGUCCGAUAUUUGUAUUCAAUUUCAUCUAUACAUCUAAACAAAAACAGAAAAUAUAAGUUGGCGGAAACUUUAUUUUCUUUUUUGACUAAAACCAGACACUUCCACUUAAGACUUAAACAAGUUACAAAUUAAAAUUAUUUUAAGGUUAAUGUGAAUUAAAAGCUCGUAUGUACAUAUAAACUAAAGAAAAAAAUCUAAAAACUCGCAAGCACCUACUCACUUUUUAGUACAAAUUAAAAACUCAACAUAUUCAGACGAAUUUACCGAAUUCUUAAAUAAUAAAUUUCCAAAGAAUGUUAAACGGGAAAUUUUUCACUGGAUUACCUCCAGGAAUGAUGAAUAAAUCUAACGCCAAUAAUAGACAGAAAACAAAUUUCUUUUGGCCAAAUGAUUCCGAUUUUGGUACUCUGAAAGAUGAUAUAAAAGUGGAAAAAAAUUUAUCCAAUAAUAAUAUUACAUAUGCAUCAGGAACAAGUAAUAAUCCAGAAUACGAACCAGAAAACUUGUUAAAAAAACAACUUUCUUCUAGUAUUAAAUUUUACGAUGACGUUGAUAAGGAAGAUUAUCAACGGUCUACCCGAAAUAACCGGAAAAAAAUAUUUGAUUUACCAAAACAAGAUACAGAACUCAAUGACCAAAUUGAUUUUAAAGCUAAAAGUGCAGAAACAUUUUGUUCAAAAAUUCAAUUUUAUGAUUUUCCAGAUAACUCAAAUGGUGCGUCAAAAUCACCUCAGAAGGAAAGGAACAACGAAAGUCAAAAUGAAAGUAAAAACAGUGUUAGGGAUGCGAAUUUAAUGAACAAACCAAACCAGGAAGAUGAAAUUGUUUUGAAUAGAUUGAAUAAUUUUAGUAAUUUGAAUCUUAAAACUAAGCUUGUUAAUAAAUCGACAGGCAACAUACCUCAAAUAUUUGAUAAAAAAACUGAUUCGAAAACGAUUUGGAACAAAGAAACUGGUAUUGAAACUAAAAAUUCAUGGAAGGGACAAAACCAUGAAGCAACUUUAGAAGAAAACGAAAAUUUGCAAGGAUUAAGAAUAGAGAAAAAACGAAAAAAUAACAAAAAGCAAAAUGAAAGAUUAAAAAAUAUUGAAAGCACCAAUUCGAAUGAGGAAGUACUUCUUUGUAAAGUGCCAAACAAUAUAGGAGAACAAAAAGUUAAUUAUAAUACAGACUAUCAAAAUAAUGAUAAGCUAAAUGAUAAAAAUAUAAAUAACAAACAAGAAAAUGAUAGUUUGAGGCACUUGAAAAGUAGCUUUUCUUUCGAUGCAGAUGAUGAUGCAGCUAACAUACAAAGAAGGAAAAUUAGAAGCAGAGCCUUCACUAGGGUCACAGUUGGCUUGCCUGAUUAAAUUUCCACAUAAAUUAGUGCUUGGGAUUUGAUAAACUAAAUGGUAAAAACUGAAAUAAAAUUUCAAUGGAUUGCAUGCUCAGAAGUUAGAAGUAAUUUUAACACCUCUGAAGAGAAAUCAGCAGAUUGACAUUAACGAUAGUUUGUUAUAUUUUAAUUAUUAAUGAUUAUGUAAUAAAGUUAUUGAAAACUUUUAAUUCUGUA